GUCCCAGUUCGCACGCGUGCCUUUCGCGGUAAACUCGAGUUUUCUUGCGGGAUAUAGUACAAAUGUCAGUAAAAAUGUCUGGAUAUUAGGCUUCCUGGCUAUGCGAUGUCUAAUUGGGGUAGAAAUAAUGGACCAAGACAGCAAAAGAAGCGGACCUUUAUAUACAACACGCCAGCAAAUCAUCCUCCGGUCGCCAAUUUUGUCAACAAUCUACCACCACAACACAGUGGCUUGACAAGCGAAAAUGACAUUUCUUCGCCACGAAAGAAGCGAAAAAGCUCCCAUGGGGCUACGAAUGAUAGAGCAACAGAGAAUCUAUUAAGGGAUCUUCCGCCAGAGGCAUUCGAUGAUGAUCUAGGCGAUGAAUUUGGGAUCGAUGACGACGAUGCACUGUGCGAAGUUGCGUCGCUUGCAGAGCUCCAAACUCAACAAAGUGUGCAAACCUCUGCUGCUAGUGUUGGGGUGUCUGGGGUUGGGAUUUCGAACACCACUAGACGGAAUCGAACAUCUGUCACAUGCGGACCAGACACUGAUACAGGGAUAGAAUUCUCUGAAAGUCUUUUGGAUGAUUGUGAUGAGCUUGAAAUGAUAAACGCGAUUGAUAAUGUUUCAGGUUCUGUUAAUCAGAGAUCUAGUUGUACCUUUGAAAAGAGGUCAGCAGAUCAGAUUAAAGGUAAUGCGAACUCUAAUGCAAGGCCUCUACAAAAAGGGAUUGUUUUAAAACCAGAUGCUACCACCAAUUUAUUACCUAGUAACCAAUCUGAACAAUCCACAAAUGGCAAGGCAAUUGAGGCUAAAGAAGUUUUUAGUGAUAGUAGAAUACAAAGCUUGCAGAAAGAGAUUGAAGAGUUGAAGGAAAAAUACAGCAAAGCACAGAGUAAUGUACAGAGUCUUGAAGAAGAGAAAUAUGGUAAAGAUGGUGAAUUGAGAAUGUUGAAAGAGUCUUUGGCUCAUUUUCAGGCAGAAGAAGCAAAGAAGCGAGAGCAGAUUAGAGCUAUGGAGGAUCAACGUAAGCAAGAGCAGUCAGAAAAGGAAAAGGAAUUACAAAAACAGGUUGAGCAUCUAACAACACGUUUAAAGUUCCAGGAACAAGAGAUUGCCCAAGCUAUGGAGCAACGAAAAAAACAUACAUCCAAAAAUUCUGCUGAUGAAAUUUGUAGUCCUUACCGAGAGCCAUCCAUUGCUGGAAACUUUCAGAAUACUACUCCUGUAAGAGGGAUCCCUAUGGGAAGCUCAUUCUAUGAGAAAGAGAAGCGCCUUACUAAAGUUAAUACAAAUGAAAUAACUACAGACAAUUCUGAGAAUAGUUACUCGGAGACAAUCUCCAAGAGUUUUUCAGGAGUUUUUCCUGUGCUGGAGGAAAUGAAAGAAGAAUGUGUUUUGAGUAAAAGUAUUCUCAGAACUGACGUCUCCUCAAAAGGGGUGGAAGUAGAGCUUUUACAGAAGCUCUUUAGAGCUCAAAAUGUUGAACUCAACAGGCCUGACUACUCAUCUGAUGCUUUGACAGAGGAGGAAACUCUUGUCUCGUUGCUGCGACCAACAGCUAAACCAUCUACUUUUGAUAACACCACUAAGAAAUCUGAAGAGUUAGAUGUUCCUCCUACUCUUUUGCUAUUUGAGACUCCAUUAACAUCUAAAACACAGUCUGGCUCAUCCUUUAAGGAUUCAAAAGCAGACCAAGAAGACUGUGUAAAAUUAGCAUUUGAAUCGUUAAACGAACUCCUCAACAGUGAACAAGUUUCUCUGGGUAAACAAAAUCCAAGUGUAUUUGAUAUAAAAGAUGCAUGUGCAAGAGAUGAAACUUCUGCCAUUCACUCUGCUGUUGGUCUUCUACCUGUCCUUGAAUCACAUAUUGCUUUGUAUUGUGACCUACGCCUAGACAAGGAUGAAAGCUUAACCAGUACAUAUUCUGGGGGAGUUGAUAUGUCAGAUCAACAAGAUGCUUGUACUCCUGAUAGGGAAGGAGCCCAAGCAUUAAGUGAGGCAUUGAACAAUUGUAUUAAGUCUUUACAAUGUCUUAAUGUCCUGGUAUUGUAUAGUGUUAAUGUUUGUGAGAUGAUGCUUAGAUCAGCGAGGACUCUCAAAAGGGGAGAUAGGAAUGAGGACAACGAGAAGGAGAAAGGAAAAGAAGGGGAGAUGGCAAGCUUGGUUGAAAGAUCUGUUCUUUUGGAUUUGACAUACAAGCUGCUUACCAAACAGCCUAAUGAGCCAAGUACAAUUUCACAUGCAGCCCUGCAUGUUCUAGCAUCUCUGGCUCAAAAGUGCCCUAACAAAUAUCAGAACAGAUUAUUUUUGCUUUUGACUGAGGGUCUUCUCACUCAGUGUUUGACCAAGAAUCCGUCCUUUACCAUGCUAUCGCUUGUCAUGUCAGUCCUUAUUCCUAUGGCUGCAUUUGACUCUGCAGUUCUCCCUUAUCUUUGUCCACAAUCAGAUGAGUGUCUUUUAGUGAAGAUUUACCAAGGUGUGCUAGAUGAUUCAUGUGACAUACUGCAUUCAACCAAGACAACAGUCCAAAUGCAGGUUGUGGAGUUUCUUAAUAAGCUGCUUUCAAGACAUCCAGAAGCUUUGUCUUUUCUUUUGGACACAGAAUGCCACUGCACUAUGGAGCUAACCAAGUCUCUUGUUCUGAUGCUUUACAAAGAGAUGGUUUUCUUGCAAAAACAGGAUUCAAGUUUGAUUCUUCUCGAUGAGGGAGCAAGUUCCAGCUUGUCUCUUGUGCGACAUGGCAUGAUUCUUCUCUGGACGUUGUGCACCAAUGACAGAUUGUUCUUGGAGCACAGACUGGAAGUAGUACAGCAGUUUGCUAACCUCAUCCUUGGGGUUUCAAGACUCUACCACAGCCUUUCUGGAACUAUCAGUGAGACAGAAGUGAUGUCACUGCAAGACCUGGCUGAGUUAGACCAUAGUGAAGAUCUGGAAAUACUACAGUUUGGGGACGAAGAUGAUGCAGAGAACAUGGAUAUUGAUGGAUAGAGCGUGGCACACCUGUUGUACAUAUGUACUUAUAGUUCACUAUCUUAUUUACAGUUUUGUUCAAAGAACAUUUCAUCAGGAUGAAAGGUUGAAGAAAUAUGUUUUAUGAUCACAGGGUUAAAAAAACCAUCUGUCUAUACUCAAAAAAAAUAAUUGUUUUGUUCCAAUGCUAAUGAAGAGGGAUCUGAUCGGAUCACCCUAAUCACCCAGAGACCCCCACCCCAUUAAGACUCUGGCUAAAGGACUGCUAAAUAAUUAGCCUUUGUAAAUAAUUGGAAGUACUGUAUCACCUUUUUAGCUUCUUAUCCAGCCCUCCUAGGUGUUCCCAUCUAGUUGUCUGUUUGGGUUUCCUCUUGGUUGGUAAGAGUUUAUUGUCUGAGGCCCAACGGUUCAUAAAGCCUGUCAAGAAGACAUGAGGUUGGGCUGGCUUCUUUUAUCACAAACGUUUAGUAGUUAUAUUUCUCCUUGUGUAUAUCAUGUAAUAUAGUAAUACAAUUAUCUGUUUGAAAGGAAAAGUUGUGACCUUGACUGGAGUAAUUUUAGGACAUUUUUUUAUAUUUAGUUACAUUUUUAUCUCAAAGUGUAAAUUGAAAUUAAGGACUCACACAAAUGGUGCUUGAAAAUGCAAUGACAUCCUUGCUUAGUCAUACCUAAUUGGGAGUCCUGUGCAUAUGGUACCGCUGAUAAAUCAUAUACUGUACUCCCUAUACAAAAUUUGGUGAGUUAAUAUUAAACAAUUAUAAGUUCA